GGUCGCUAGGAUGUAUCGUGUCGGGUUGGGCAGCUUCGUGUUUUUUCUGUUCAUAAAUAUAAACAAACUUUUUCCCGUCCUGAAAAGCUCUUUGUUCUCAAACUGUAGUAACUGUAAGUAUCGUUUGAUUACUUUUUCCGUUUUUAAUUGUGAUAAUGUAUGAUAGGUUUCCACAACGAUGACUUCGACGUUUCUGAUAGAAAUUGUUAAGAAAAGGAGAAAAAGGCGAACGAUGUGACAAAUAUUUCUUUGUGUGAACUGAGGUUAAAAAAACACUUUCUUCGAACUUUUUUUUUAUGUUUUGUGUUUCUGUGUUACAAGACAAAUGCUGCUAACGUUGGGCUGUCAAAAUGGAUCCAACAUUUGGAUUGAGUUCGGAGUUCCCUACGCAGAUACCUAUUGGUACCUGUGCUUACAGCUUGUAUGGUAACUUCGCUUUGGAUACAAAACGUAUGCUUGUGAAUUCCAUGCAGAAUAUUCCAUCGACGUCUCUACAAUCAUUAGAUACAAAAUCUAUUAUCAAUAUAUCUGCUUCUGGUGAGGAACAGUGUAAUCAAAAAGGAGAAAAACCGUUUAAUUGUGAAGAGUGUGGGAAAGGUUUUACUCAGAGAUCCAGUCUCGACUAUCAUCGCAGCGUCCAUCUUGGUGAAAAGCCCUACGAGUGUGACAUUUGUGGAAAACGUUUCACCCAAAAAGGAAAUAUGAAAACUCACAGAAAUUCCCACACUGGCACUAAACCGUACUCGUGCGAAAUUUGUGGGAGAGGAUUUACCCAGAAGGGAAAUAUGAAAACUCAUUUGCGCAUACAUUAUGGAGAGAAGCCGUUUCCUUGCGAUGUCUGUGGCAAAGGUUUUACGCUGAAAGGAAACUUAAAAACUCACAUGCUCUCUCAUAAGGGAAUUAAGCCGUUUGUUUGCAGACUGUGUGAUAAGGCAUUUGUACAAAAACUUAGCCUGGAAUAUCAUAUGAAUAGCCACACGGGAAAAAAACCCUAUUCGUGUGAAAUAUGUGGAAAGAGUUUUACGCAAAAGGGUAAUAUGAAAACUCACAUGCAUUCUCACACUGGUGAAAAACUUCAUACCUGUCAAGUUUGUGGGAAAUGUUUCACACAAAAAGGUAAUAUGAAAACACACAUGAAACUUCAUUUACGUCCACCUAGUGUUGAGAAGCCAUACCACUGUGGUGUCUGUGCUAAAGCAUUUGUUACUAAUUCAAGCCUUCAAUGCCAUAUGACCAGUCACAUGGGUCAGCCAAGUCAGCCACAGACAUCUCUACAGAAAAUUUCAAAGCCAUGAAAUGUUUCAAGUGCUCCAACUGUUAUGCAAACUUUUUUGUUAUUAUACUUAGCCAAUAAGUUGUUUGUAGUUAAUAUCCAUAAUAGAAACUAGUAUUAUUAAAUAGUGAUGAAAAUUUUUGAAUAAUAAACUUAACCAUCGCCAACUUAUACUUAUUUGUGAAAUAAAAUGUGAUGAUUUGCAAUAACUAGAAUAACUGCUACAUAAAAAUUGCAUUACAUAUAUAUUUAGAAGUAGAAUCAUCUAAUUAGCCAUUAAGUAACGAGAAAAGUACAGUUUAUCUGUGUUUUCCUAUCAUCUCUUUAUGGCUAGCUAGCAUGUCUAUUAAUGUUUCUCCUAGAGAAAUUGCUUAAAUUAAGAAAUUUUAAGACCAAAGUUUUUGUCCUUUUUUUGUCUACUGUGAUUAUAAGUUUUAUUGUAUACAAAACAAUUUGUUACAAAACUAUGUUAACAUAAGAAUGAUUUGUUAUAGAAUGUUUGAAAAAAUUGUUUACUUUGUGAGAAUGAAUGAAAAAAUUUUUUUAAAGAAUUAAAAAUAUCUUAUGAAGUAAUGAAUGAUGAUGAAGCAUUCUUCAAUUUAUUUAAUCUUUGAGACUAUUUUUACUGGCAUCUAUGCAGUUAUUGCAU